GGUGUGUUUGAGAAGGCUGUACUUUGCUAACAAACGUGAAAGGAGCACUUGCAGUGACUGAACGAUUGAUAUCGAGUAACCAGACUCUCAGACAGACCUAAGUCCACUGGCCGCGUCACGUACGCUCGUGCUAAUACAACGUUUAAUUGUUAAAGUGCAAAGCAAACGGAACAACUCACCGUUAUACGGGGUAUAGUGUGGGUGUCGUAGUAGAAGCGAGGAAGUGUUGGACUCGUUCACGCACGCACGACAACAGCGCCAACCCCUGGGGUAUAUACGACCGCUGGGAGGGCUAGCACCAUUUGUACGAUGGCUGGUGUUGCAACAGGGAUGAAGCUGGGGGCCACCAAGCCGAUGAUCUAUUACUUCCCCGGAAUGCUCAUUCUGGUAUUUAUGAUGACUGUAUUCGAAGUUGGUGUCCUCAAAAAUACCCUGUCGUUGAAAAUUCAAGCAACAUCAAUAGAUAGGCCAACAUACCUUGAGCUGGACGUUGUAACCAUGGAAACAUUAUCCCGCCAUCUACGUCACAUCAUGGAGACAGAGACCCGGAUGGAGAUAAACGAUCUGAUUGGUCAAAAUAGUCUAAACGUCAAGGAAAGCCAUAAAAGUGGAAUAAGUCGAAAUAUUCCCGAUACACGGCCCGAGUCUUGUACAACUAUUGAAUACAGCAUAGAGAAUCUUCCCUACGUCAGUGUUAUCAUUCCCUUUCAUAACGAACUCUCCACGGUGAUCUUAAGAACAGCUCACAGUAUUCUCAUGAGGACACCGUCAUCUUUGCUCAAAGAAAUAAUACUCGUCGAUGAUGCAAGCACACAUGACUAUCUCAAAACACCUUUGGAGACAUACAUCUCGACGUUGUCCCCAAAGAUAAAACUGUUACGUUUACCUGAGCGUUCGGGAUUAAUCCGGGCACGGUUGCACGGGGCGCGGUUGGCAACGGCUGAGGUGCUAUUCUUUCUUGACGCUCACUGUGAAGUCAACACGCAUUGGCUGGAACCGCUUCUUUUGGAACUCAGCAAGGACCGGGAUGUUCUGAUCGUUCCUGCUAUAGAUAGAAUAGACGCUCAUACAAUGGAGUAUAGUGCUAUGGACCGUGCCUAUCGUGGGACUUUUGCUUGGGAUUUGGAAUACACCUGGCAGAUUGUACCAAAUAAACAGAAUCAGAUGCUUACUGAGAAUUCACCGAUAUUUAGUCCAACGACGGUCGGUUGUGCCAUGCUCAUUGCCAAGGAAUAUUUUUAUCAUAUUGGUGCUUUUGAUAGCGAAAUGAAUAUUUGGGGAGGGGAGAAUAUAGGGAUAUCUUUUCGCACAUGGUUGUGUGGACACGGGAUCAAGAUAGUUCCGUGUUCACGUGUUGGACACGUGUUUCGUCCCAGAUUACCUUAUAAAAAUUUCACCUAUCACGUGCUUCACCAAAAUCUCCGGCGGGUCGCGGAAGCAUGGAUGGGGGAUUAUAAAAAAUAUUUUUAUCUUUCAACUAAAAACGUAACUCUUGGUGCUGAGGAAAAAAGGACGCUGCGUGCGCGGCAGAGACUUGCAGAACGCUGCCGCGCACGAACUGGGCGUGAUUUCGAAUGGUAUCUUAGUCACGUGGCCACUGACAUCAUAAUACCACCGGAUGGCGCAGUGCACUUCGGCCAGGUGAAGAACAUAGCCUCACAGGGAUGCUUGACCGUUUCGGACAUCGGUCAUUUCACUGUAGCCGAAUGCGCACACUUUACCAAAUCACAACAGUUUGCCCUGGAUUCCACAGGGCGUUUAAUAUAUCAGGAUAAAUUCUUAAUUACGAGAAAAAACCCGAGCGCGUCGUUUGGACUUACAGUGGUAGACGCACCUAUAAAAAAUUAUGCUACAGAAGAACUGGGGAAAUGGUACUUGGAUACGGAAACUCCAGCAUUUAUUCAACAACUACGAACAGGUCGCAUUAAGACCCCGGUCGGAAGAUUAAGACUACAGUUAAAAGGCGUGCCUGCUGCAUCAUCGUGUCUGACCCAGUUGACAGCGGAUCACACAUCCGGAGAGCAAUACGUCGACUUGCACCAAUGUGAAGAGAAGCAAGUGUUUCAGUAUUGGCAGUUUUAUCAUCACGUCCAUGGUGCUGACGCAAUGUUUAAUUAAAGGCACUGCAAUUACCAAUAGAGCAAAUUCAUAACUUUCCUGAAAAUUUCCACUUCUUUUCUUGUAUCACCAAAAUAUAGGCCUAUAUCUCAUUUAUUCAAAAUGAAAUUGAGGAUGUUUUUUAAUAUUUACUUUUUAGGUUUUGAAUCAUUCUGGUAAUGGAGAUAUAGGCCUACUGGUGCCCCGUGAACUUCACCAGUAGCGGUAAAAUAUCGAAAUAAAGAACUCAAACACUUGCCUAUAAAUGGUUAUUUCCUAAACAGCUUUUGGCAAUGGUGCUUAGGCGAUAAAGGGAGACUUGUUAAAAUUAUCAGGAUUUUUUUUUUUCAUUCUAUUUAUUUAUGAAUUUUUUAUCAUUAAUUUAAUAUAUUUUUUUCUGUCGUAAUGUAAGACGUUCAAAUGCAGUAAAUCAUAGUGACUUUAAACUAAAUCAGUUUUUGAUAUGUCACUGCCCGAAAACAACAGAGGGCGGGUUUUUUUAACAAAAUAAAGCGAAAACACUCCCUUGAACGACAGAUUGGCGAAUUUUUAGCACAAGAAAAGCGAGUUAAGUGGGCACGAAUAAAAGUGCAUUUGAGAUGCAAAAUACUUUUACAGUCAAAAGGUUCAAGCACUUCCAUCGCAGUAUGUUAAUUUUUCUUUAAAUGAA